AUGAGCUCUGAUACUGAGGAAGCUUCUGAGGAGAUAGAAGGAAACCAAAACCAGCAUGUUAAUAAACAGCCAGAGAACGACGAUAAAAUGGAUAUUGUGGAGGACGAAGAAACUCCGGAGGAACCUAUAGAGAAUGAUCCUAAUUAUAUGUCGAAACAUCAUUCAGUUUUUCAAAAAUUCAAGUCGUCAGUACAUGAUGUAAAAGGUGAAGAGGUUGAUGAGGAAACACCCGAAGAAAAGGAAGACAUAGAAAUGCAAGAUUUGGUACCAUUACCACAACCUGAGUUACCAAGAGAUAAAAGAUUAGUCUCGACUGCUGCACAUUUAAACAAUUUAGACUGGUUAACCACUCCAAUAUAUACAGCUCCAGAAGAAACAAAACCAUUUGCUGAGUUCCAGAAUCCUCCGUUAUCGUCAUUGAUGAUAAAAAAUUUGCGGAAUAUGGGAUUUGAAUCUGCGUUCUCUGUGCAAAUUUCAGUCUUAAAUUUAAUGCUAAAGGAUAUUGAGAGAAAUAGAUUACAACCAGAUAUGAGAGGUGAUUUAUUAGUCAAUGCAUCAACUGGUUCCGGUAAGACUUUAGCGUAUCUGAUUCCAAUAAUUGAAAGUUUACAAACUGUAAAAGUUCCAAGAGUGAGAGCAAUAAUACUAGUUCCUACGAAACCUUUAAUAAACCAAGUGAAAACUACUUUGAAUCAAUUAUCUAAGGGUACGAACUUAUCAAUUGUCAGUUUAAAAAAUGAUUUGUCCAUUAAAGAAGAAGGUAUAAAAUUGCAAACCAAUGAGCCAGAUAUUAUUGUAUCUACUCCUGGUAGAUUGGUAGACCAUUUGACUAACGGCUAUAUCAGUUUGAAGAAUCUCCAGUAUUUAGUUAUUGAUGAAGCCGAUCGUUUACUUAACCAAUCUUUCCAAAACUGGUGUCAAAUUUUGAUUUCUAAAAUAGACGAAUUCACAAAUAUUAAGGAAAGAAAUAUAUCGAAUAGUUGGAAGUUAAACGUACAAAAAAUGAUAUUCUCUGCCACAUUGACUACUGAUGCCGGGAAAUUAUCAUUAUUAAAAUUCCAUAAACCAAGACUAAUAAUCGUUAAUAAUAAGGAACAAUUGGUUAAUGAGAUGUUUAGCUUACCAGCCACAUUGAAUGAAUUUAAAUUACAAUUCGGAUCCGCAAAGUCUUCAUUAAAACCAUUAAUAUUAUCCAAGUUUUUACUUUCAAAGAACAAACUUGCGAAUGUCUUAAUUUUUACGAAAUCAAAUGACGCCUCGUUAAGGCUCUCUAGAUUAUUAUCAUUAAUAAUGAAUAAAUUGGGGUCCGAGACCAUAAAUAUAGCAUACAUUAACUCAACUAAUAACACCACGUCUGUGCGUUCCAAAAUAUUGAAAGAUUUUUCUAAGCAGACUAUUAAUAUUUUGGUUGCAACUGAUUUGAUAGCUCGUGGGAUCGAUAUACUAUCGAUCACAGAUGUUAUAAAUUAUGAUUUACCUAAUUCUUCUCGUGAAUACGUUCAUAGGGUUGGUCGUACUGCUAGAGCUAAUCAAGAAGGAUUUGCAUAUAAUUUCUGUUUCGGUAAAGGUGAAGCCAAGUGGUUCAAAAAGCUUAUGGCUCAAGUAGGUAGAAGUGAAAAGAACAUAGAAGAGCUUGAACUUGAUACCAAGCAACUAAUCGAAGACAAUGACGAAUCUAUGUAUAAGGAAUCGUUAGAUGAAUUACAACAACAAGUAUUUAAUAGAGCUUAA